AUGAGCGACGUGAACGACCCCGACUUGGGGAUGGCCGGCUUGGAAGACGACGCCACAUGCGGCGUCUAUGGAGCCGGCGGCUCCGAGGAAGGGGGCGGCGUCGAGACGUGGCCGGACGACUUCGAGGAGGAGGAGGACGAGCCGCGCCUUUCCCGAGGUGCCGGCAAGGCGGACCCGGGCCCCUCCGCCGAGCCGACUGCCCGAGGCGGCACGCGAAAGUGCAAACAGAGCGCCGCCUUGUUCGGCAGCGCGUCGAAGAAGGCCAAGAAUCCGACCGCUGCGACCAGACGGAAGGAGGCUGCCGCGAAGGCGACUAAAUUUCAGAAGCUCCCGAAGGUGCCUCCCAUGGUGUCGGCGGCCCCGCUCUCUCUUGAGAAGUCGGCCGCCACCUCCGUCAUUGGGUCGGCGAAGACCUCCACCACCACCCGGCGAAUCGAUCGGGCCGCCGACCUCUGGGAGGCACAGGAGCGAAACACGCGGGAGGCGCGCGAGGAGCAGGAAGCCGCCCGUCUGGAGAAGGCGGAGGUCGCUGCGCUAAAGAAACUCGCGGAGGCCGAGACUGACACCGCGGCGAAGAAACGGCGUGAAGAAGCCGCGCGCCGCCAGGAGCCGCUAUUCGUCGUCCCUCUAAAUUCUGCGCCGCCACCGCCAGAGUUUGUGGCGCCGACUGGGGGUGCCGGCGAUGAGCACCUGAUCAUGGAGAGGGAAGGCGGCGACGUCGUCCUGCCGGACGUAGUCGUGCCUCCACCACCAUCGUCUGAGGGAGCGCGGGACAAGCAGCCGGCUGACCCGCCAGUGCCACCAGCCGAAGGCGAGAUGGUGAUGGGCCUGACUCCCGAGGUCCACACACCAUCGCGCCGCCGGUUUGCAAAGGUGGCUUCGGCACCAUGCCCGCUGGAAGCCGGUGCCGCGAGAUCUUCGAUCCCGGACGCCGGGGCGACCAGCGUCGCGCCCGCUGAUUGGGUGCAGGGAGGCGGGACGGGCCCUUUGAACCAGGCGAUCCUGGACGUCCAAGGCAAACUUCGGGCCGAAGCCAACGCCCUGAAGCGGUGCAACCAGGCGUUCCUAGAGUCGCGAGCAGCCAUCCGGGACUAUUACAACCUCCGUGCAGUCGCCUUAAACUCUAACGUCCGAGAGCUGGACCGACGGGCUGUUGACUUGUCAGAAAGCCCGAAGGCCAACGCUUCCCUGCAGCAGCAGCUGGGCGAAGCCAACACCGUGUUGUGUGCCAAGGAAGCAGACUACAACAAGCUGGCCAAGGAGCGUGACCGGCUGAGCACGCAACUGGCGGAGCUUCUCAAGAAGGCCCAGAAGGAGGCGGAGGAAAAGGAGGCCGCUCUCCUUGCUGAGUUCGAGACCGAACGCUCCGCCUGGACCGAUAAGGAGGCUUUGCUGACUGCCGGCUUCGGCAAAAUUGAAGACAUGGUUGACGCAAACUUCUUCCCUGGUCACUCUGACGCCGCCAAUCAGGCCAACGAGGCUGAUCGCGAAGAGCGGAGGGCGGAAGGUGCGCAGAUUGCUGCCAACGCCCCCCGGACCCUUAGUGAACAGCUUCUCACCAUCCAGGCCAGUCUUCGGCCGGCUCACCGGAUGCUGCGCCAUCUUCAGCGCGUCGGCGCCCGGGAGAUCUCCACCCUGUGGCCAGACAUGCCGGCUCCGCGUACUCCCAGUCAUACUGCCGACUGGCUGGAGGUGGCGGCCAGCCGUCUUGAGGAGGCCCAGGAGGAGCUGGUGGCACUGGAGCGUGAUCUCAUCAAGCGGGCGGUGGCGAUCGCCGAGUACACCAACACCAGCAUCUUCGUCCCGGAGCUGGCUGAGAAUGCCAAACAGCCGCUCUGCGGACUGCGGCUGGGUCAAGUACUUGGCUGCUUUGGGAGGGUAAGUACUUAG